UGACUUGAAUCAUUAUUAUGACUGUUGUUUUGACAAUUUGUGAUACAAACUUAGGAGCAUUUUUAGAACAGGUACGGAAAGAAUGCUACUAAUGGGACUAAAUGGAUGAUUACAAUACUAGUGGUAAUAGAAAAACAAUACUGAAUAUUUUUGUCAAUGUGGGUAUAUCUGUACAAAAUAAAAUUCUUCGCUGUGUUCUUUGAAACAGUAUUCUUUGUAUUGACUGUAGUAAGUUAUUACAUCACAUAAAGUCUUGCGACAAACUUGUGGUAAUUUACAAGUUAAACUAACUUAAUUAACGUACUUCUGUAGACAAAUCGCUGUUGAUAGACAUGUCUGACUUGGAAACUAGCAUUCCAGCCAUAGAAAAUGUCGAAGAGUUGGCUCAGGAUGUGUUCUUAAAAGAUAUGCUUCCAGACAAAUCCGAGUCAGUAGUGGAAAGUGACAUUACAGACGCAGAAUUUGUCAGAGAGUUGGUUCGGAGUAUAGUCUUAAAAGAUCAGUUUGCUGACAAAUCGCAGCCUGACUUAGAAGACCAGUUUGAUCCUAGACUCGAACUUUAUCCUCUACCAAGCCUGGAACAGGAUGUUGAAGCUGCGAAGAAGUAUCUAAACAAGGUUUACGACCACGAGGGAGUCAGUCUUUACAACCAUCUCAGUGAGGUUCUGAUGAAGAUUUUAACCGAGCGACCCGACAAUCCAGUCGAGUACUUCGAGCAUUUCAGCCAAGAGGUGAAAGAAUCACGCUCCUUUCCCGACCAAGACUUGCUGCGAGAUGUGCACAUGCCCCCAGAUGCAUACAGCGAGGCAGCGAGGCUUAUGCCAAUGUUUGAGGCAGAGCCACAGAAUGACGAAGAAGACGAAGGUGACCAAGUUGAUGCUAUAUCUCGUGUUAGAGACAUUAUGGAGACAUCUUACUACUUUGAGCAGGUUGGGGUUGGUCUGACACAUCAGGAAACAUUUCUGAUCUCGCUGGCUCUUCGCAGACUUUCACAAGAUCGCACUAUAGAACGCUUACGGUUUUGGGGGAAGAUACUCGGAACAAAAAGUAAUUAUUUUGUUGCAGAAGCACAGAUGACGGAGGAUGAAUAUGAAAGAAGGAAUGGAGAGAUCGACGAUGAGGAAGCGAGGCUUGAAGAAGAGAAAGCCAAGGUAGAGGAAGAGAAGGCUCAGGCAGAUGAAGCAAAGGAAGGCAUGGGAGUAGAAACAGAAAAACCCGAGGAAGAAGUGAGAGAGAUAACCCCAGAAGAAGUGGAACGAAAAAAAGUGCGCGAACUGCUAUCAAAACUACCCCCGAUUCCAAAACCAAUACUUAAGCCUCCAAUUGAAGUGCCACCAGAGAGGCCUGGUACAGGUACAAAUAAACUGGUGUUUUAUGUAUGUACUCGUCCUGGAGAAAGCUGGACCAUGCUUCCUGAUGUCACACCCAAACAGAUCACUGUCGCAAGGAAAAUAAAGAGGUUAUUUACUGGUAAUUUAUCUACCGAGAUUCACACUUCUCCUUCAUUUCCAGGCACAGAGAUGAACUAUCUGAGGGCGCAAAUAGCACGUAUUUCUGCUGGUACACAGGUGUCUCCACGUGGCUUUUACGGCGCUGGCCAAGAUGAAGAAGAGGAGGAAGAAGAUGAGGAAGCUGUCACGCAGGAUCUAGCAGAGAACCCCGACUAUGAGCCAUUGUCAAUUAAAGAACUACUCGACAUCGAUAACUGGGUACAUCACACUGCAUAUAUUCUUGAACAGGGUCGUGUUGUAUGGUGGAAGCCAUCUACAGAUGAAGAAGCGGAAGAAGAAGAAGAGGAAGAAAAGGAUGAAGAGGAUAUAAACGACGAACUUGUUAAGGAGACUGGGCCACCCCUCUUUAAUUCACUAUCGGAGGAUAUCACACUUGAAACUGUCCCACCAUGGAUUAUUCGUAGAAGUUCCCAACUUAUACCAGAAACAGCAGUGACUGUAGUUACUUCUAACCUGUGGCCAGGCGCUUAUUGUUUUGUUGCUGGCAAGAAGACAGACAACAUUUACUUAGGUUUCGGCCACAAAUUUACAAGUACCAACUUCACGCCAGAGCCUAUGGACCCAAUACAGAAUGUGUACCCUGAAGGUCCAGAAAUUAUGGAGAUAAACGAUCCCACAAUCGAGGAAGAAGAGACAUGGCGUUUGGCACACAUGCCUAAGGAGAAAAAGAAGGACGAAGAGGAACAAGAAGAAGAAGAGGAAGAAGCAGGCGAAGGCGAAGAAGAUGAUGAUGAAGACGAAGAUGAAGACGACUAGGAUUAUUAUGAAAGCUUCGUAUUUAAUUCAUCGAAAUAUUACUUAUUUUCUCUUUCUCUGAGUUCAAACAUUUCAAUUAUUUUUUAUUGAAAUAGUUUUUCUGUUGGAACAAGCAAAGUGUCUAAAUAAAUUAAGUUAUCAUAUACUUAAAUAAUUUCUGUGCUCUUUGUAUUUAUUGUUUAGUUCAAUUUGAGUAAUUGUCAAUAAAUAUUUCCAAUUUACAUAUGUAACUUAAAUUAACAAAAAAAAAAAAGCAAGAGUUU